ACAGGAUUUUGGAGAACACGCGGCAGCACUAGCAGAGUUUGACAUGACAUAACCUCCAUACGAGCGGGCGUGAAGUACGGUGACCGUCAUUUAAGAAAAGCCGGCCGGUACAGUGUAACGGACCGAUCAUCCACCGUGAAUGCAAGUAGCCCAAAAAUCUGAGCCGUCAAGUGACCAUGACACAGGGACGUAAUCCAUGCUGCAAACAUGACAUGGGGUUUCGGGCGUAAAUGUGGGCCUUUUGCUGAUAUCACGCUCUUUUUGAGAGAGCGUUGACACGCACACAGAUCUCUCUCUCUCUCUCUCUGAACCCCCAUUUGAGAAGUUCAAGUCACAAGUCGGUGAUUCAUUUUGAGCGUUUCACUGCUUUCUUCAACUCUCAUAGAUAACUCGUUGCUGGAAUUCCGGGGCUUGCUCUUUCAGCAGCGUUUUGUUGAACCUUUUAGGAUUCGCAGGGUCUCUAUUCUCGCUUUGGUUAUGGAUUCAUUUGAGCCAGAUGAUAAUAAGACAACAAAUGGAGACAGUGGACAGGAAGCAUUGCCACCUCCUCCCCCUGUUAUCCCACCAGAUAUUGUUCCGUUGCGUGCCGAACAUGAACAAGCUCCUGAACCUGAACAGCCUCCCGAACCUGUUAAGAAAAAAGUUGUCCGAGUUCCUAUAGCUAGGCGUGGCCUUGGAAACAAAGGGCAAAAAAUACCUUUGCUUACUAAUCACUUCAAAGUUAUGGUCAGCAACGUUGAUGGCCAUUUCUUCCACUACUGUGUUUCUGUGACAUAUGAAGAUGGGCGUCUUGUAGAUGGCAAAGGUAUUGGAAGAAGGGUGAUUGAUAGGGUGCAGGAAACUUAUGAUACUGAGUUAUCUGGAAAGCACUUUGCCUAUGAUGGGGAAAAGAGUUUGUUUACUGUUGGCCCACUGCCCCGCAACAAACUUGAGUUUACUGUUGUACUUGAGGAUGUCCAAUCAAACAGAAAUAACGGAAACUCUAGCCCUGAUGGCCGUGGAAGUCCAAAUGAGAGUGACAGAAAGAGAAUGCGGCGUCCAUACCAGUCCAAGACAUUCCGAGUGGAGAUUAGUUUUGCUUCCAAAAUCCCUAUGCAGGCGAUUGCGAAUGCACUACGAGGUCAGGAGUCAGAGAACUCCCAAGAAGCCCUUAGAGUGCUUGAUAUUAUUUUAAGGCAGCAUGCUGCUAAACAGGGCUGCCUCCUUGUUCGCCAAUCGUUCUUUCACAAUAAUCCCAGAAAUUUUGCAGAUGUAGGAGGUGGCGUUCUUGGCUGCAGAGGAUUUCAUUCAAGUUUUAGGACCUCCCAGGGUGGCUUAUCCCUGAAUAUUGAUGUAUCAACUACCAUGAUUAUACAGCCUGGACCUGUGGUAGAUUUUUUAAUUGCCAACCAGAAUGUGAGGGAUCCCUAUUCCCUUGAUUGGUCUAAGGCUAAACGAAUGCUCAAAAAUCUUAGAAUUAAAACAAAUCCUUCCAAUACAGAGUACAAGAUAACUGGAUUGAGUGAGAAACCAUGCAAAGAGCAAAUGUUUACACUGAAGCAGAGGAAUGGCAAGGAUGUGGAUGGCGACAGUACAAUUGAAGUGACCGUUUAUGAUUAUUUUGUUAAUCAUCGUGGUAUAGAAUUGCGUUAUUCUGGAGACCUACCAUGUAUCAACGUUGGGAAGCCAAAGCGUCCAACUUAUUUCCCUGUUGAGCUCUGUUCAUUGGUUUCCUUGCAACGCUACACGAAAGCUCUAUCCACGCUUCAAAGAUCUUCUCUAGUGGAGAAAUCAAGACAAAAGCCUAAUGAGAGAAUGAAGGUUUUGUCUGAAGCUUUGAGAAGCAGUAAUUAUGACUCUGAACCUAUGCUACAAUCAUGUGGCAUUUCAAUUAGUACCAGCUUCACUCAAGUGGAAGGUCGCGUUCUGCCAGUUCCAAGGUUGAAAGUGGGAAAUGGGGAGGAUUUCUUUCCUAGGAAUGGGAGAUGGAACUUCAACAAUAAGAAAUUAGUGCAGCCAACGAAGAUAGGAAAGUGGGCAGUCGUUAACUUCUCAGCACGAUGUGAUAUACAGGGUCUUGUACGGGAUCUGAUUAAAUGUGGAGAACUAAAAGGAAUUCUUAUAGAUGCUCCAUUCGAUGUGUUUCAAGAGAAUCCCCAGAGUAGACGAGCUCCUCCUGUGGUUAGAGUGGAGAAGAUGUUCGAGGAGAUACAGUCAAAACUUCCUGGUGCUCCACAGUUUCUUCUUUGCCUGCUUCCUGAGAGGAAAAAUUCUGAUCUUUACGGGCCAUGGAAAAGAAAAAACCUCGCUGAGUUUGGAAUAGUCACCCAGUGUAUUGCUCCUACAAGGGUUAAUGACCAAUAUCUUACCAAUGUCCUCUUAAAGAUCAAUGCAAAGCUGGGUGGUUUGAACUCAAUACUAGCGGUUGAACACUCUCCUACUAUCCCCAUGGUUUCCAAGGCUCCCACCAUCAUAGUUGGGAUGGAUGUGUCACAUGGUUCUCCUGGGCAGUCUGACAUACCAUCAAUUGCUGCGGUCGUCAGCUCAAGGCAAUGGCCAUUGAUUUCUAAAUAUAGGGCUUCUGUUCGGACACAGUCCCCAAAGGUUGAAAUGAUAGAUUCUUUGUUCAAGCGAGUGUCUGAAACUGAAGAUGAAGGCAUAUUUAGGGAGCUUCUCCUAGAUUUCUAUACAAGUUCAGGGAAACGGAAGCCUGAUCAGAUCAUAAUAUUCAGGGAUGGAGUCAGUGAGUCUCAAUUCAACCAAGUUUUGAACAUUGAACUGGAUCAAAUAAUUGAGGCCUGCAAAUUUCUUGAUGACAAGUGGUCCCCCAAGUUUGUUGUUAUUGUUGCACAGAAAAACCACCAUACUAAAUUCUUCCAGCCUGGCUCUCCUGACAACGUUCCCCCUGGAACUAUUAUAGAUAACAAAGUUUGUCAUCCGAGAAACAACGAUUUCUAUCUAUGUGCACAUGCUGGAAUGAUUGGGACCACAAGGCCCACUCAUUAUCACAUCCUCUUGGAUGAGGUUGGAUUUUCAUCCGACGAUCUGCAGGAGCUUGUGCAUUCUCUAUCAUACGUGUAUCAAAGAAGCACCACUGCCAUUUCUGUAGUUGCUCCAGUAUGCUAUGCACACCUGGCAGCCACCCAGAUUGGGCAGUUCAUGAAAUUUGAAGACAUGUCUGAGACGUCUUCAAGCCAUGGCGGAUUGACAUCUGCUGGAGCUGUUCCUGUCCCGCAACUGCCCAGAUUACAGGAGAAUGUCUGCAAUUCCAUGUUCUUUUGUUGAGGCCUGUCUCUGAAUAUGUAAAAUGACUAUUUUGGACGCCUUGUCUCUGUAUAUAGCCUAGGCUUUUGAAAGAUGUCGGACCAAGCAGUAGCUUGAACCUUUUUGGUAGCUACGUCUUACCUUCAGUUCUUGUAUGCUGUCUGUUUUGUGGUCGGUUUGGUUGCAUUUAUUUACUACAUGCUCUGAUAUCCAGUCACUUAUGGUUUUGUUGCGGCCAUGGAUCGAGUUAUGAGCGGAUAUUAGGGUGGGAUGAACUUAGAUUAUGUUCCUGUUAAUGUAUAAAAUUGUCGCUGAAUUUCUCACA